AUGGAAUCUUUGAGACUGAGGCUGACUGCUCUACGGUCCGAAGAAAGCGACUUGCUCGCUAAGGUCGGCGAACUGAACAGCCAAAUCAAACAAAGCCGAGAGGAACACGAUAAAAUAUCCAUUAAAUUAGACACUCAGAAUUUGCGGUUGCAAGAAACCGAGAAAAGCUUUUCUGUCCACCAGGGCCUGCUUCAUUCUCAGGGGAGCCUGAUCACUGGUCACGAGGAUUACUAUUCACGUGAGGAUGACUUAAAGGUUGAACUGGAUAAAAAGAAAGAAGAAGCUCGCUUGCUGGACAUUAGCUGCAAUGAGGCUGUCUUGCGCAACCAACACCUUGAAACCUUAAGGCAGAAAAGCAAUAGUAGAGCAGCUGAGCUGGAAAACUGGAGCUUCUGCAGGAACAGUACUCUUGUCUAA